AGCGAAAUAUGCCGUCAACGCUAUCAAGAAGAAAGUCAACGACAAGAACCCGCACGUGGCGCUCUACGCGCUGGAGGUCAUGGAGUCAGUGGUCAAAAACUGUGGCCAAACAGUCCAUGACGAGGUGGCCAAUAAACAGACUAUGGAGGAACUGAAGGAAAUACUCAAGAGGCAAGUGGAGACAAGUGUCCGCAGUAAGAUCCUGUAUCUUAUCCAGGCCUGGGCUCACGCCUUCCGCAACGAGCCCAAGUACAAGGUGGUGCAGGACACCUAUCAGAUAAUGAAGGUUGAAGGUCACGUGUUCCCGGAGUUCAAAGAGAGCGACGCCAUGUUCGCUGCAGAAAGGGCCCCAGACUGGGUCGAUGCUGAGGAGUGCCACAGAUGCCGAGUGCAGUUUGGCGUUGUGACCCGGAAGCAUCAUUGCAGGGCUUGCGGACAGAUCUUCUGUGGCAAAUGCUCCUCCAAGUAUUCCACCAUCCCCAAGUUCGGGAUUGAGAAGGAAGUGAGAGUCUGUGAGCCCUGUUACGAGCAUCUCAACAAGAAAGUUGAAGGUAAAGCUGCUGCCACUUCGGAACUGCCCCCCGAGUACCUGACCAGCCCCCUCUCUCAGCAGUCCCAGCUGCCUCCAAAGCGUGACGAGACAGCUCUGCAAGAGGAGGAAGAGCUCCAGCUAGCUAUUGCCUUGUCUCAGUCAGAGGCCGAGGAGAAGGAGAGAAUGAGGCAGAAAACAUCCUACUCCAUGUACCCGAAGGCUGAGCCCACACCCGUCACAUCAUCAGCUCCGCCGGUCAGCACGCUCUACUCCCCACCCGUGAAUUCCUCUGCUCCCUUGGCUGAGGAUAUUGACCCAGAGCUGGCUCGGUACCUGAACCGCAACUACUGGGAGAAGAAACAAGAAGAAGUUCGCAAGAGCCCGACCCCGUCAGCACCUCUGUCCCUCACAGAGCCAGCUGCUCAGCCUGGGGAGGCCCACCCUGCCCCGCUCGGUGUUGUUGAGCAGCAGUACCAGAACGGCGAGUCCGAGGAGAACCACGAGCAGUUCCUGAAGGCGCUGCAGAAUGCGGUCACCACGUUUGUCAACCGCAUGAAGAGCAACCACAUUCGGGGCCGCAGCAUCACCAAUGACUCUGCCGUGUUGUCCCUCUUCCAGUCCAUCAACAACAUGCACCCCCAGCUGCUGGAGCUGCUCAACCAG